GAGGCGAUCCCAGACUGCUUCGGUGAACAACAAGAGGUGGCGGCGGGAGUCCGUGGAGCUGAGAGAAAGCUGCCCAAAGCCCGUCCGUUCCUCACCUCAGCGCCCACCGACACCUCCCGCCUCCCCGUGAGCCGCUGUCCGGGGUGCGUGUGUGUUUUUGGGGGGGAGCUGUUCGGUUGCAGGCCUCGGGCCCAUUCGCACGCCCGCUCCGCGCUGAGGUGACCAUGGUCCAGAAGGAGGGAACGAGUGACACCGACUCCCGGGCCGCUCCCAUCUCCCCGUCCGCCCCCGAGCUGGCCAAUCCGGCCACCGCGCCAGGCCUGCCGGCGCCGGCCGCGCAGUCGCCGCCGCUUCCCGCCUCCGGGGCUCCGGCUGCCGCCCAGGAGGAAGGCGCGGCGGACACGGCUCCUGCUAACGGGGUCCUGGAGGGUCAGAGGCGGCGACGGCCGCAGGCCCCGGACACGACUCUCGGCGGCGGCGGCGGCAGGAGGAAGUUUUGCUGCGGAGUCGUAGAAGGAUUUUAUGGAAGGCCAUGGAGCAUGGAACAGAGAAAGGAAUUGUUCAGAAGGAUGCGGAAGUGGGGGUUAAAUACAUAUCUGUAUGCACCGAAAGAUGAUUACAAGCACCGGAUGUUCUGGCGAGAGAUGUACUCUGUUGAAGAAGCAGAGCAACUGAUGCAGCUAAUCUCUGCUGCCCGAGAGCACGAUAUUGAGUUUGUCUACGCCAUAUCCCCAGGACUGGAUAUUACCUUCUCUAACCCAAAGGAGAUUGGUACUCUGAAACGCAAAUUGGAUCAGAUCUCGCAUUUCGGGUGCAAAUCUUUUGCGUUGUUGUUUGAUGACAUCGACCACAACAUGUGCCCUGCGGACAAGGAGGUUUUCAGCUCAUUUGCACAUGCACAGGUGUCAGUCACCAACGAGAUCUAUCAGUAUUUGGAAGAACCAGAGAAUUUUUUGUUUUGUCCGACAGAAUACUGUGGCACCUUUUGCUAUCCAAACGUUAUCCACUCUCCGUAUCUGCGGACUGUUGGAGAGAAGCUGCUGCCUGGCAUUGAAGUAUUGUGGACAGGGCCCAAGGUUGUUUCGAAAGAUAUUUCAGUGGAGUCGAUUGAAGAAGUUACCAAGAUACUGAAGAGGUCGCCAGUUAUCUGGGACAACCUUCACGCCAACGAUUACGACCAGAAGCGACUCUUUCUUGGGCCGUACAAGGGCCGGUCAACAGAGCUGAUCCCCAGGCUGAAGGGUGUGCUGACCAACCCCAACUGUGAAUUUGAGGGCAACUUUGUGGCCAUUCACACACUGGCUACAUGGUAUAAGUCCAACAUGAACGGUGUGAGGAAGGAUGUUGUGAUGACUGACUCUGAGGAAAGCACAGUGUCGAUCCAGAUUAAAUUGGAGAAUGAGGGCAGUGAUGAGGAAAUCGAGACCGAUGUCCUCUACAGUCCUCAGAUGGCUUUGAAGCUUGCAAUAGCAGAAUGGCUUCAGGAGUUUGGAGUGCCACACCAGUACAACAGCCGCCAGGUGCCUCACAGUGGAGCAAAGACCAGUAUAAUUGACCGAGCAGUAAUGGACGCCCCUCCAUGCCUGGUGUCCUCUACAAUAGUGACUACGGUUUACCAACAGCCCAUCAUGAGCCAAGGGAGCCCACUGAGCAGUGAGCCAGCCACACUGAGCAGUGAGCCAGCCACACUGGAUAAAGAGGAGGAUGAGCUGGAGGAGAAGAAACAGCAAUCAGACGAGGAGCCCAUGGAGAUGGUGGUAGAGAAAGCCGAUGAGCAGGAAACCAAAAACGUCCACCAGAUCCUCACAGACAUCGUCCAGGCCAAAUUGUCUGAGGAUCUCAAGCCCAUGGAGAUGGAUAAAGAGAGCAUCGCCGAGUCCAAGUCCCCUGAGAUCUCCAUGCAGGAAGAUUUCGGAAGCGACAUCGCGCCCAUGCAGACGGACGAACAGGUGAACAAGGAGCAGUACGUGCCGGGCCCCAAUGAGAAGCCAUUGUACGCGGUGGAGGCUGUGACCAUGGAGGACCUGAGCCUCCUGGCUGAGAUGUUUUAUCUGCCCUAUGAACAUGGGCCCAAGGCUGUGCAGAUCCUCAGAGAAUUUCAGUGGCUCCGGGCUAACAGCAGUGUCGUCAGUGUGAACUGUAAAGGAAAAGAUGCUGAAAAGAUUGAGAAGUGGCAUUCACGAGCCAUUAAGUUUGAAGCCAUGUGCUGUGGAGUCACGGAGAUGUUCACCCGUCUUGCCAACUGUGAAAACCGCUCCAUUCUCUAUGACCUGUACCCUUACGUCUGGGACAUAAAGGGCGUUGUGUCUAUGGUGAAGUCCUUUGUGCAGUGGUUGGGGUGUCGUAGUCAAUCUUCAGCACAGUUCUUAAGUGGCGACCAAGAACCCUGGGCCUUUAGAGGUGGUCUAGCAGGAGAGUUCCAGCGCUUGUUGCCCAUUGAGGCAGCAAAUGAUCUCUUCUGCCAGCCUCCUCCGCCGAUGCCAACGUCAAAGGUUUACACCAUCAGGCCGUAUUUUGCCAAGGAUGAGGCUUCUGUCUACAAGAUCUGUAAAGAAAUGUACGAUGACGAAAUGGAUAGUGGGUCUGUGGAUUCAGAACAGCCCGAUAUCGUGGGGGACAGCUUGGUGGGUGGGCUGCUGACCCUGAGCCCAGACUACUGCUUCGUGCUGGAGGAUGAGGGAGGCGUAUGUGGCUACGCCUUGGGCACUGUGGAUGUGAAACCCUUCUGUAAGAAGUGUAAUGUCUCCUGGAUUCCUACCAUGAGGGAGAAAUACUUAAAGCCCGAGACCAGUAAGGAGCUUUCAGAGGAACAGAAGAUGAUGCUGAGCUUCCACGAGGAGCAGGAAGGGCUUCCCGACAACUUCCUGGCCAUGUUCCCCUCCCUCAUCAAAUUGGAUGUGCACUCCAAGGUCACUGACCCCAGUGUGGCCAAAAGCAUGAUGGGCUGCUUGCUCUCAUCCUUAAAGGCUAACGGUUCCCGUGGGGCGUUCUGUGAAGUGAAACCAAGUGACAAACGGAGUCUGGAGUUCUACAGUAAGCUGGGGUGUGUGGAGCUGGCCAAAACCGAGGGCUUUCCCAAAGAGAUGCUGUUCCUGGGACGGACCUUGUAAAAGCUGCCUUCACUGUAGUGUAAUUAAUGGAUGUGUAUAAUUAAAUGUAUCUAAACUAGCCUUAAAGCUGAAA